UGUCCCGUCCGUGCGCCCGUCGCUGUGCCAGCCGUGCGCCCGUCGCGCAGUCGGAGCUGGGUUCGCAGCCUCUCGUGGCCGGCCGCCGCCUCGAGCGUUCCGCAUCGGGCCGUCGCUGGACAGCGGCUCGCGAGCUCGGGAGAGGGAGGACCAAGGCAGGCGCCGUUCAGCCCGGUGCGCGGGCACAGUUAGUGAGGGGCGAGGCGCGAGGACCCCGGGACGGCUAUGAUGGUGGCCACGUGCCUGCAGGUAGUGGGCUUCGUCACGAGCUUCGUGGGUUGGAUCGGCAUCAUCGUCACCACGUCCACCAAUGACUGGGUGGUGACUUGCGGCUACACCAUCCCCACCUGCCGCAAGCUGGACGAACUGGGCUCCAAGGGGCUGUGGGCUGACUGCGUCAUGGCCACGGGGCUGUAUCACUGCAAGCCCCUGGUCGACAUCCUCAUCCUGCCGGGCUAUGUGCAGGCCUGCCGAGCCCUGAUGAUUGCAGCCUCAGUCCUGGGCCUACCGGCCAUUCUCCUACUGCUGACAGUUCUCCCCUGCAUCCGAAUGGGCCAUGAGCCUGGCGUGGCCAAGUACAGGCGGGCUCAGCUGGCUGGUGUUAUGCUCAUUCUGCUGGCUCUCUGUGCCAUUGUCGCCACCAUCUGGUUCCCUGUGUGUGCCCAUCGUGAGACCACCAUCGUGAGCUUUGGGUACUCCUUGUACGCGGGCUGGAUCGGUGCUGUGCUGUGCCUCGUGGGAGGCUGUGUCAUCGUCUGCUGCGCUGGAGAUGCCCAGUCGUUUGGUGAAAACCGUUUCUACUACUCUUCUGGUUCCAGCUCCCCUACUCAUGCCAAGAGCGCCCAUGUAUGAGAGGGCUGCCAGCCUGCCCGUGGAGGUGCUGCGGGUGCUGGGCCCAUGGCCCUAGGUUUGCUCGCCACAGUCAUAGUGGGGGAGCCCACUCCCCUCUCUCUGGCUCCAAAGCCAAAGGUCUAGAAAAGCAUCCUGUCUGGCAUUUUGUAGUCUUAACAACUCCCACCCUCCCCAUUUUGUUCUCUUAAAUCUUUAGCUCUGAUAAUGUCCACACAUUUUUCUCACGGUUUUGCCCACUAUUAGCUCUUGGGCAUUCCUUUGUAUGUGUGUGUGUGUAUAUAGAUAUAGAUAUAUAGAUAUCUAUAUAUACACAUACAUAAUUUUUUAUUUUAUUUUUUUUCCUCCCUCUAAAUUUUAAAUACCUUGCAAACAUUGCUGAACUGGGUGUGGGGGAGAGAAAGAAAAGACUUUUCAAACUGUUACAGAUGACAAUGAGAGCCUCAUAAAGAUGUCUCUCUGUUCCCUCCCUCCUUGUCAGCUCCAAGGUCAUUUAGUUAUAAGUGAUAAAAAAAGACAGAAUUGGGGACGUGGGGUGGGAGAGGAAGAGGAAUCGUGGAACUUUCCCUCCAUGAGAGUUUCCCUUUUGUAAGUCGAGGGCAAGGGGUGGGGAUAUUGUUUAGUUUGUGAUUUUACAUUUAUCUGUAAAUACUUUUUCAAGAUUGUUCAUUUUUAUAACCAUGGUUUUCCUGAAAUUCUCAAUUCAUCAGUAUGAAGGAAAUGAACCAAAUAGACUUUAAUUAUAUGAUAAAUAACAGUACAAGUGAGCAUAACUCUGACAUUCCACAAAACAUUUUUGAUUUCCAGGUUUGUGUGAUGUAGUUUUUAAUCCUACACUUGCAUAUGCUUCAACUUAACACAUUUAACAAGCUUUUUUUUCCUUUUCUCUAUUUUCAUUCUGUUAGCUAUCUUGAAGUGAUAUUGUUUAACAUAAAUUGUACUGUUGAAUUUGGCUUUACGGGUGUAAACACUGAUGGUGUAUCAGUAUCUGAGACCCCAAACUCUCCAAACAUUGAUGGUGCAUUUUGUUCUUUAAGUGAAAUCUGUGCAAUAAAAUAACAGACUGUCUGCAAAA